UAUAAACACUAAUUAAAGAAAUAUGGCAGACGAAGAAGAUCCUUGGGGGUUUGAUGACGGCGGAGAUGCUGAGCAAUCUUCUAGUCAAGCAGCUGCUUCUGUUGAAGCUGUGCCUUCGACCCCAAAGAGUAUAGUUUCUGAACAUAAAUCCGAAACCGCUGAGGCAGGAGGAGAGCAAGCAGCUGAAGAACAACCUAUCGCUGAGGCUGAGGAAGCAAAAGCACCACCACCUCCUCCAGAAGAUGACGGAUACAGGAAACCAGUUCAAUUAUACCGGCAUUGGGUGAGGCCUAAAUUCCUUCAGUACAAAUACAUGUACAACUACAGAACCAACUAUUAUGAUGAUGUAAUUGAUUAUCUUGACAAAAAACAAGUUGGUGUAGCACGGGACAUACCAAGACCUCAAACAUGGGCAGAGCGUGUGCUCCGGACACGAGAUAUAAGCGGAAGUGGACUUGAUUCCUUUGCGCCGUCUACCAAAAGGGACAAGCAAUUAAUUCAAACGUUGGCUGCGUCGAUUAGAACAUAUAACUACCAUACCAAAGCAUACAUUAACCAAAAAUAUGCUAGUGUUCUUUAAUUCUAAAUCAUGCCUUACAAGGUUUUCGAUGAAAAUAUAGAAUAAUCUUAGGGGAUGUGUAUAUAUAGUUACUAAGCGAUUGUAUAUAUUAAUUUGAGUUGUACAUUGGCCCAGAAUGAAUAAUGAUACUGUUUACUGCCAACUGUAUAAAUUAAUAUUAUUAUAUGAGGGCUGCCAAAUGUGCAUAUAAUAUAUUUGUUUUUACAGAGCAAAAUGCAUGUACAUACUUAAAUAAAUAUUUUUAUGAAAAACGUUAAGUUAGAG